AUGCGACACUCCUUUCCCUUGAUCACGCCAGUGCUGGCCUUGAUCUUGAUCCUCCCGACGGCGAGAAGUCUAUUCAUCCGGCCCUUUGAUCAGCGUCCUUACGAGCAGCAACACUGGUUUGAAACUCGCCAAGAUACCCUCCCAGAUCCAGAUCCUUCAAAGUCAGCCACCUCACUGAUUAUCGAUACCUUUCAGAACCCCCUACACAAUGAUCUGGGGUUCUGGCAUGGUACUGGCGAGAACUUGACCCUCCACCAUGAACCGGGCUUCAUGCGCCUGUUCCCUAAUGACCCGGAUCAGAACUUCCAUACGCAGUUCAACACACACGAAUGCUUCAGCUUGAUUCCUUGGGAGGACCAGUAUCUACAUGUUGUGUUUGAGGGCAACGAGGAGUUUACUGUGUCGCUGAAUGAACACAAUGCGGAGUGCAAUCCGGCUCGCUCGCCUUUCCCUGGUGUACCGGACAGCGUACAGGCAUCGAGAUACAUCAUGAGGACUCGAUCGGGGAGUCUAGAUAAUGGAGACGACGACUGGGAUGAUAGUUCCAAGUUGGGGAGACCGAAGAUGCCUGUCAAGGACGGGUUCAAGAAUGACACUCGUGAUGGUGGUCAUCAACAUCCUGCAUGGGCAACGAGAACCGAAUUGUUCAUUCCUUUGUCACAUUUCCGAAUUAACAAGAAUCGCGUUGUUUCGGUUUCUUUCACUGGCUUCUAUACGGAUGAGCCCAUCACCCUCUACCGAGUUGAGUUCGUGCCGCAUGUCCCUCAUCCAUCCGCGUCGAAUAAUUACUUCACUAUUCCUGAAAAGCUUCCGACGGGCAAGUUGAUUCUCCGCUGCAGUCGGCCCAACUCGUUUGCUUUUGGCAUCGACGAUGGCCAACCGCAAUAUGCACAGCAGGUCAUGCGAAUUCUGGAUGAGGAGAAUGUCCGGGUGACGUUCUUUGCGGUUGCUACUGGACUUAGGGAUCGGUCGACCAAUUUUACCAAUUUCUACCGGGAGAUGAUGAGGAAGGGUCACCAGGUUGCUCUGCAUUCGAAUACGCAUCCCAAGAUGGAAUCCUUGCCCACCUUACAUGAAAUCGACGAUGAGAUCGUCCAGUCCAUACGAACCUUGCGGGAUCAACUGAACAUUGGCUGUACAUUUAACCCUCCCAUUACCGCGUGGGCAUUGACACUGACAGUAUCCUCAACAGCACGAUACUUCCGCCCUCCCUUCGGCACCGUCGGUGUUCGCCUUCGUCAACGGCUGGCCCAGUACAUCGACGACCCGUACAUUGUGAAUUGGAGCGUUGAUGUGGAAGACUGGCUUUGGGAGAAUACCACCACGCCGGAACGACAACUCGGUGCUUUCUACCGUGAUGUUGCCCGAGGUGGAAAUCUGGCUGUGAUGCACUACCUCAAUCCCAUCACGGCUGGAUACCUCCGGCAUUUCAUUCGGCAUGUUAAGGGUCUUGGGCUUAAUGUCAUGCGAGUUGAUCAGUGUCUGGAGGAUCCGAAUAGCCCGGCGUUGUGA